AGAGAGGAGAGGAGAGAGAGAGAGAGAGAGCAGUGGGAGGCAGUCGGACUGACACCAGAGUCAGUUCUCAGCCAUUGUCCUCUCCUCAACGGCAGCGACUUACCCACAAAGAGAGCCCCAGAGAGAGAGAGAGAGACAGAGAGAGAGAGAGAGAGAGAGGGGUUCACACACCGCAGUCUCCACAGUCCGACUCCCCUUCACUGAAAAGGGGAAACGAUGGCGAAAUCCGAGGUGAAAACGUCCCUCUUGGACAACAUGAUAGGAGUGGGAGACAGCGUGUUGUUAGAACCUCUCAGUGAGGACACCUUCUUAGAAAAUAUCAAGAAGCGCUUUGAUCACAGUGAAAUAUAUACGUAUAUUGGAAGUGUAGUUAUAUCCAUGAAUCCGUACAGACAGUUACCAAUCUACACACCAGAGAAGGUAGAGGAAUAUCGUAACAGGAACUUCUAUGAGCUCAGCCCCCACAUUUUCGCUUUGGCAGAUGAGGCCUACCGAUCUCUACGGGACCAGGACAAAGACCAGUGUAUACUUAUUACUGGAGAAAGUGGAGCUGGAAAAACAGAGGCCAGCAAACUGGUUAUGUCCUACGUCGCUGCUGUUUGUGGCAAAGGAACAGAGGUCAAUCAAGUAAAGGAACAGCUCCUGCAGUCGAACCCUGUGCUGGAAGCCUUUGGAAAUGCCAAGACUAUGAGAAACGACAACUCAUCCAGAUUUGGCAAGUAUAUGGACAUCGAGUUUGAUUUUAAAGGUGACCCACUCGGUGGAGUUAUCAGCAACUAUCUUCUGGAGAAGUCCCGUGUUGUUAAGCAACCCAGAGGUGAACGAAACUUCCACAUCUUUUAUCAGCUGCUGUCAGGUGCCUCGCAAGGUCUGCUGAAACGACUCAAGCUUGAGGAGGAUUACAGCAAAUACAAUUACCUGGGCCUGGAUUCUGCUAAAGUGAAUGGGGUGGAUGAUGCUGCAAACUUCAGAACAGUCAAAAACGCCAUGCAGAUCGUGGGUUUUAUGGAUGAUGAAGUGGAGUCGGUUCUGGAAGUGGUGGCUGCGUUGCUGAAGCUGGGAAACAUCGAAUUCAAGCCCGAAUCUCGAGUCAAUGGCUUGGACGAAAGUCGGAUCAAAGACAAAAAUGAGCUGAAGGAAAUCUGUGAGCUGAUCGGUCUGGACCAGGCUGUGCUGGAGAAAGCCUUCAGUUUCCGUACUGUGGAGGCAAAGCAGGAGAAAGUUUCGACAACAUUAAACGUGGCCCAGGCUUACUAUGCCCGUGAUGCCUUGGCCAAAAACCUUUACAGUCGAUUAUUCACUUGGCUGGUGAACAGAAUCAACGAGAGCAUUAAGGCACAGACCAAAGUGAGGAAGAAGGUGAUGGGAGUAUUAGACAUUUAUGGCUUUGAAAUAUUUGAAAAAUCUAACAACAGCUUUGAGCAGUUUAUCAUCAACUACUGCAAUGAGAAACUCCAACAGAUCUUCAUUGAGCUGACUUUGAAGGAAGAGCAGGAAGAAUACAUCAAAGAGGGAAUUGAAUGGACUCACAUUGAGUACUUCAACAAUGCUAUCAUUUGUGACCUGAUUGAAAACAACACAAAUGGAAUCCUGGCGAUGCUGGAUGAAGAGUGUCUCCGCCCAGGAACGGUGACAGACGAGACCUUCCUGGAGAAGCUCAAUCAGGUCUGUGCUACCCACCAGCACUUUGAAAGCAGGAUGAGCAAAAGUUCCCGCUUUCUCAACGAUACCUCUCUGCCCCACAACUGCUUCCGGAUCCAACACUACGCUGGCAAGGUGAUGUACCACGUGGAAGGAUUUGUCGACAAAAACAAUGAUCUGCUGUAUCGAGACCUGUCGCAAGCCAUGUGGAAGUCUAAUCACAUGCUGAUCAAAGGCCUGUUCCCAGAAGGGAACCCAGUUAAGAUAUCCCUGAAGAGGCCACCCACGGCAGGCUCACAAUUCAAGUCUUCUGUAGCUACUUUAAUGAGAAACCUACAGACCAAAAACCCCAACUACAUCAGGUGCAUCAAACCUAAUGAUCAGAAGACUCCACACAUCCUGACAGAGGCUUUAGUACGCCACCAGGUUAGGUAUCUGGGCUUGAUGGAGAAUGUGCGGGUCCGACGAGCAGGCUAUGCUUUCAGGCAACCUUACGAGCCCUGUCUGGAGAGGUACAAGAUGCUGUGCUCACAGACGUGGCCACACUGGAAGCAAGCAGCAAGGGAUGGUGUUGAGGUGUUGUUGACAGAUCUCCAAAUCCCUCCUGAAGAGUUCUCAUAUGGCAGAUCAAAGAUAUUCAUCCGAAACCCCCGAACGCUGUUUGAGCUGGAAGAGUUGAGAAAGCGACGACUGCAGGAUCUGGCCACACUAAUUCAGAAGAUCUACAGAGGCUGGAAAUGCAGGAAUGAUUUUCUGUUGAUGAAGAAGAGUCAGAUUACCAUUGCCGCCUGGGCAAGGAGAUAUUUGCAAAGGAAGAAAUACAUGCGGUUAAAGAGUGUGGCCUUAGUUGUUCAAUCCUACAUCAGGGGCUGGAAGGCUCGCAAAAUAUUGCGGGAUCUGAAGCACCAGAAACGUUGCAAGCUGGCAUCCACAACCAUCUCGUCCUUCUGGCGCGGGACACAGGCCCGAAAGGAGCUGAGACGACUGAAGGAGGAAGCUAGGCGUAAGCGUGCUAUUGCUGUUAUUUGGGCUUACUGGCUUGGAUAUGAGGCACGAAGGGAGUUGAAACGUCUGAAGGAGGAAGCUAGGCGUAAACAUGCAGUUGCUGUGAUUUGGGCUUACUGGCUUGGACUGAAGGUGCGUCGGGAGUAUAGGAAGUUCUUCCGUGCAAACGCAGGCCGGAAGAUAUAUGAAUUUACCGUUCAAAGAAUUAUACAAAAGUAUCUUCUGGAGUUGAAGAAUAAGUUGCCUUCCAUGUCCCCAACUGAGCGGAGCUGGCCGGCACGAUCAUACCUGUUCCUUGAUUCCACGCACUCAGAACUAAAGAGGAUUUUCCAUUUGUGGAGGUGCAAGAAGUACAGGGAUCAGUUCACAGAUCAAAGGAAAGCUAUCUUUGAAGAAAAGCUGGAGGCAAGUGAGCUGUUCAAGGAUAAGAAGGCUUUGUACCCAAACAGUGUUUCUCAGCCUUUCCAAGGGGAUUAUCUGGAAAUCAGUAAAAACCCCAAAUAUCAGAAGCUGAACAUUGCUGUGGAAGACAAGGUUGUUCUAGCAGAUAUUGUGAACAAGAUCAAUCGAGCCAAUGGCAAGGGAGCUCCCAGGAUCUUUCUGUUGACCAAAAGCAAUUUCAUCAUCGCGGAUCAGAAGUCAGGGCAGAUCAAAUCCACCAUUCCUGUGACCGACAUCACCAGUGUGUCUGUCAGCAAGCAGAUAGAUGGACUCUUUGCUGUGCACCUUAAAGAGGGCUCUGCAGCUGCUGCUAAGGGUGAUUUUCUGUUCAACAGCAACCGGUUAAUUGAAAUUAUAACCAAGCUUUACCGCAUGAUUCACUUUGUCACCAAACAGAAAAUAAAAGUCGAGAUAAACGAUGAGUUUCUGGUGCAGUUCAAUCAGGAUAAAGUCUGUGUGAAGUUUAUUCAGGGGGCACAGAGGAAUGGCAACCUGCCUGCGUGUAAGCGGAAAAAUAAUCGUCUCCUGGAGGUCACGGUUUCUUAACCACUCCGGCUUGCACCAGUCUGGGACAGUUUCUUACUGCAUGCCUACAUUAUACAUUCUUUGUCUGUCCAUUUUCCUGACGCUACGACUGGCUGAUAAUACUUGUGAAAUGUAAAACAAGCAAAAGUUAACGUCAGUCUUUCUUCUAAAACCGCUUUUUAAAAAAGGAUGGGGUGGGGG